UAACUAAAGCAGUGUGCAAAAGACCAUCAUUCCACGCUUCUCUCUACUCUUGUCAACAUGUCUGUGAACUUUUAUGACCUUUCAGCCAAGCUGCUGUCAGGUGAGACUCUCAAUUUCUCCUCGCUCAAGGGAAAAGUGGUGCUGGUUGAAAACGUGGCUUCUCUCUGAGGCACGACGGUCAGGGACUACACUCAGAUGAAUGAGCUCCACUCCAAAUACUCGGAGAAGGGGCUUGUUGUACUGGGAGCUCCCUGCAACCAGUUUGGUCAUCAGGAAAACGCCAAGAAUGAAGAGAUCCUAAACUGCUUGAAGUACGUGCGUCCUGGAAAUGGCUUUGAGCCCCUCUUCCAGCUCCUGGAAAAGAUCGACGUGAAUGGCAAGGACGCGCACCCCCUGUUCGUGUUCCUCAAAAAGAAUCUUCCCUUCCCCAGCGACAACUCUACAGCCCUGAUGACUGACCCCUUGUUCAUCAUCUGGAGUCCCGUGUGCAGGAACGACGUCUCCUGGAACUUUGAGAAGUUCCUCAUCGGCCCAGAUGGGAAGCCGUUCAAGCGCUACAGCAGGAGUUUCCUGACCAGCGACAUCGAGGCCGACAUUGAAGAACUUCUCAAGAAAGUGAAGUAAACAUCUUGUCGCAGGAGAGACGCAGAGGGAAGGUUUGUGAGCCGAUAACGACGCAAACUCGGCCACUCCUGUGUUAUCAACCGACUGCACGUGGAGAAAGAUGGCAGUGUGAAUCCAGCUGACUUUGCUGACUCGGUUUGAGGUCAGAUGAUUUGUAGGAGGUUUACUGUAUGAAGGCAUCGCUCAAAAUCUGUAUUGAGGGUGGUGUCGGAUGUGAUUGUAAACACCUAUAAUUAAUAGCUGUAAUUUAAUCAUGUACAGCAGAGUUAAGCUUCUCCAUUCAACCAUAAUAAAACUCGAUAAACUUUA